CGCCCUGCCCUCCCCCCUCCCUCUCUUUCUCUAUCUCCAGGGCGGCCCUCUCGGUUAGUUAACUAUAUUAAUUUCACAAAGACCAGCUUGUUUUCUCCUCUGCUCGUCAAGCAACACGGCAUUGGGUCGCACAGAACGUCCCUGCAUUGACCUGGGCGCGCACCAAGUGCACUAGGGUGGUUUGACCCUGAGAUCUUCGACGAGUUUCACAUUCGGCCGCUCGCCCUCCUUUCGUCGUACGCCAACUCUGCCCGGCCGCCUGCUCCUCCAUCAAGAAAGAUUCACCAUUUCGACCCCGACGUGCUAGCUUUUGCAGCCAGACCAGGCACCGCCCCCCACCGCGAAUAGUCUCUCCUCUUGAACUGCCGUUUCAUUCUGUGGAACUGGUCCCGAAUCUGUUUACACGAUGGCUGAGUCCCAGAAGCCGUCCGUACUGAUCAUUGGAGGCCUAGGCUUCAUCGGUCGCCAUCUCGCACUCUACAUCCACGAGAACAAACUCGCCUCUGAAGUUCGAAUAGUGGAUAAACUGCUCCCCCAGCUGGCCUGGUUGGCUCCAGAAUUCAGCGAGGCAUGCUCACAGGACAAGUUCGUGCAGGCGGAUGCAAGUCGCGAACAAUCAUUUCCUCGCAUCUUCGAUCGCCCCAACGGCGCCCAAUUCGACUAUGUCAUCGACUGCGGUGGCGAAACUCGAUUCUCCCAAUCCGACGAUGUAUAUCGCCUCCGUACCUAUGCCCCUUCUCUCGCGAUCGGCAAGGAAUGUGCUCGACGGGGUAUCCGUGCCCUGAUCCAGUGCUCUGCCGCAACCGUAUACAAAGCAGAAUCGAAACCUCACAAGGAAACAGAUAAGACCAAGCCCUCCUUCAAAGUCUCCAAGUGGAAACUCACCCUGGAGGAGGACUUGAAGAAGAUUCCUGGCCUGAAUCUUUGCAUCCUAAGGUUUCCGCGUGUAUGGGGUGAAUACGACACGGGCUUCUUGACCCCUGCUCUUUGUCUCGGAAGGGUACACAAAGAACUUGAGAAACCAAUGACUUUCCUGUACUCCAAAGAUCAGGUCAUGAAUACGGUAUACGUCAAGGAUGCGGCUCGUGCUCUUUGGACAGCGGCAGAGUGGCGAGCCUCCAAAGGUCCCGUUACGAAUAACGAAGACCCUCCGUUUCCUAUCACAUUCAACAUCGUCGACCACAAUAACACGAAAAAGGGAGAUUUAGCCGACGCCCUAAACCGAACCUUCGGCAUUGAGUGCGAAUUCUUGGGGACGUUAAUGACCCAGUUCGCGAAGCUGAAUCAAGAAGAAAUAGUCGAUGAGAUGAAUGAAGAGGCCCUUGAGACCUGGGCUGAUUUACUCCAUGCAAAGGGAAUCACCAGGCCCGGUCCCAUAAGCCCUUUUGUGGACAAGGAGCUUCUGAAAGACACCGAUGUUUCAGUCGACGGAUCUUUAUUCGAACAGACGACUGGCUUCACGUAUCAGACUCCAACUCUUCCCCAGGAUUGGUUGGAGAUCAUCGUCAGAAGCUAUGACCGAAUGAACUGGUGGCCUUGA